GCUCCCUGCACCAUGGGCGGCAGGAAGGUCUGCAUCGUGGGCUCUGGCAACUGGGGCUCGGCCAUCGCCAAGAUCGUGGGCACCAAUGCGGCCCGGCUGGGCACUUUCGAGAACCGGGUGAGCAUGUGGGUGCUAGAGGAGGAGGUGGGUGGCCGGCGGCUCACCGACAUCAUCAACACGGAGCACGAAAACGUCAAGUACCUGCCAGGGCACAAGCUGCCCCCCAACGUGGUGGCAGAGCCAGACCUGCUGAAAGCCUGUGCUGGGGCUGACAUCCUCCUGUUUGUGGUGCCCCACCAGUUUAUCGGCAAAGUCUGCGAUCAGCUCAAGGGCCAUGUGAAGAAAGACGCUAUCGGGCUGUCGCUCAUCAAGGGAGUAGAUGAAGGACCAGAUGGGCUAAAGCUGAUCUCGGACAUUAUCCGUGAGAAACUGGGCAUAGAGAUGAGUGUCCUCAUGGGGGCCAACAUUGCUAAUGAAGUGGCAGACGAGAAGUUCUGUGAAACAACCAUCGGCUGCAAGAACACGCAGCACGGGCAGAUGCUGAAGGAGCUAAUGCAGACACCAAACUUCCGGGUCAGUGUGGUGCAGGAAGCGGACACCGUAGAGAUCUGUGGGGCUCUCAAGAACGUAGUGGCUGUCGGGGCUGGUUUCUGUGAUGGGCUCGGCUUUGGGGACAACACGAAGGCUGCCGUGAUCCGUCUGGGACUCAUGGAGAUGAUUGACUUCGCCAAACUCUUCUGCAAGGGCCCUGUCACCCCCUCCACGUUCCUGGAGAGCUGCGGAGUCGCUGACCUCAUCACUACUUGCUAUGGCGGCCGCAACCGCAAGGUGGCUGAGGCUUUUGCCAAGACAGGAAAGUCUAUUGAGCAGCUGGAGAAGGAGAUGUUGAACGGGCAGAAGCUGCAAGGUCCCCAGACAUCUGCUGAGCUGCAUCACAUCCUCAAAAGCAAGAAGGUGGUGGAGAAGUUCCCCCUCUUCACAGCUGUGUAUCAGAUCUGCUACGAGGGCAAACCUGUUGCUGACAUCAUCAAGUGUCUCCAAGACCACCCUGUACACAUGUAAGGGAGCUCUGCCUGCAAAACCAUUAAUCCAGCUGAGAGGAGCAGAGAGCCCCUGCCUGCACCACCUUGCUGCUGCUACAGCUUUGUAAGGAGUCUGGAUUUCUUGGGAGCCUUUGCAGAGCGCUGGAAGGGCAGAGGUUCCCUUCCUCAGCCCUGGAGACUGCCAGCCUGAGUCUGGCAUCUGCACGGAGGUACCUGCUGAUCUCCCCCUCUCUCUGAAGGGCUCAUUUAGCUUUUGCUGCUGCCUAGGGUCUGUCCUGAGGAAGGCUGGGCAUCCUCCUCCUUUCACUUCCUCUUGCCGUGAUGGAUUCAGUUCUCAGUGGGACUCUGCCAGGCCAUCUUGGUCAAUACGGGCUGCGCAGGAGGCACUGUCUGUGGGGAUAAGCUUUGCUUUUAGCCCCAUGGGGCCACUUUGCGUGAUGCAGGUCCUUUCCUGCUUUCUGCUGUUCCUUUAGGCUUAACCACCUCAUGGAGAGGGCACAGGUCCCUGCCACGCUCCCCCAAUAUGAGUGAAGUUCCUGAGGACUUUCGAAGGGGGCGAGAAUCACUCCUCUUUCGAAGGCACGCCAGCACAGAAAAUAGCGUUCUUUGCCACCCUGCCACAUGCUGCUUCCCCAGCCGCCACCAGCUACUCCUGGCAAACAGCACGGUCAAUGCUCCACACACGUGAGGGCAGCUCCAGGGACUCCGAACCCUCGGAGACUUCAGAGCUGCUUUCUUCAGCUUUUUGCUCUCACCGUCAAACCUGGCCUCCGCACCAGGGAACUCCUCUUUUGUCACAGAUUUGCCCGUGCUAGUUCCAUGCCAACUGACUGUCCCUGGAUGGCCUUCCUCCCUUGUAUCUGUUUGUCCUCUGUCUGCUUUGGCAAUGCAGGGACCAACUGCCCGAAAUUCUUUCCGAGCAGCUGGCAGGCUGUGAAUCCCUCAGUGGUGUACCUGCCAAAGCAGUUGGGCCAUGUUGCUUUUAAAUAAGUGAUCCUCAGCAGCUUGUCACCUUCUCUCUGGCUUGCUCCAGUCUGUGGCUUAGUCCAGUCUUUGCUUCUACACGUGGCUUUAUAGGAGCCGAGACAACAGGUUCCUCACUUUCCUUGCUGUCCCUCCUGUGAGAGGUCUGGAAACCGCCUGCCAGCUCAAGGGGCAGCGAUGGACAUGCGAUCCGCAAGAGGUACAGGGAGACUUCCAACAUCGCAAGAGAGGACGGGGUCUCUGUGCCUCGUGCUGUGCAUUGCGCCUUUUAAACUUGCCCCUUGUCCAGCCGCUCGCCACAUGCCUCUCUGAUCCUCUAAAGCUGGCUCGCUCUGUGCUCGUGUUUGCCCAGGCCGGCGUCCAGCGGUUCACUGAUCCCUGUCUGGGCUGGCAAGCGGGAGCUGCUGCUGGUCUCGCUGUCCACCACAGCUCCGGGUCCUAGUGCCACUGGGUCUCUGACUAGCAGUGUACUUUGUGAAUGUUUAAAAUAAAUUUAGAGAGGGGAGACCCACCCUUUGUUCUGUGGUUCCAGUGCAUCAUUGUCUCUGGGCUUGUGCCUGCUGCGCUUGCUCAGAGUGCAAAAUAGGGCACUGUCUGCUCCCUCCUGGCUCUGCAACCUUGUAUGGUGUCCCGGAAACAGGUGAGAAAGCCCCUGCGGGACAACAUCCAGUCACAGCGUAACUCUCCCACUUGCCUUUUCUCAGCAGUGGUUCUGGUGUCAAAAUUUGGCUGUAGGACUGAAGAGGGUUGAGAUUGCAAUGCUUAACUGGGUACAAAAUCCUCACUCUUCUAUGUGGGACCUGCUGGAGCAGGGCCAGGACCCCACGGGACCAUCUGUGCCCCAGGCUCCCUUUCUCCGACGUCUCAGCUUCUUGGGAAAUGCCAUAUUGUUUUAAGGAUCUCUCCCCAACUUCUUUUCCCUGCUGGACUUGCUUCGUCCUUGCCUUUCUUUGAUAUACACUUCGCCCUGAGCAACCUUUCCAGGACUGUUAGCCCUCCGCUCAGCCUUUUGCUAGGGCAAUUUAAUCUGCUAGCACUGCAGUUGUUUCUGUGCCUUUUAUUAGACAUGCAUUCUCGCUAGGCAUGCUACGACCUUUAAAUUCAACUGACCUAUCGUACAGAAAGUAGCCAGCAUUGGCUUCCUCUCAUGAGGAACUUUAACUGGAGGAUAAAGAAAGUUCAGUAUCUUCCUACUGGCUUUGCACAAUUUCUAGUUCCUUUUGUCCUAAGUGCUUUAGGAACCCCGGCUCAAGUGUUUGGACAUGAGAUGCUACUCAUCCAGGAGAGCGGUGCUCUGAGCUUGCUUUCUUAGCAUGACCCAGUCUCUCACCUAGGCUUGCAAAGAUCUUGCCAGCACCAGCCCGGAGUUGCCGCAGGAUCUGUAAUUUGGCUUCAGCCUUGCAUUUAGCUGUUAGCUCAUCUAAUGUAGAAGUGCUUUGUGCAUCCUUCCUCCCGAGGGUUUUCUCCGAUACAGAAUCACAGAUACUAAGCUGUGCUGGCAGUAACUGAGUUUCUAUAGCCACUAUCAGCAGUUUAACAGCACCCCGGUCUCACCUGGGGGUGUCUAGAGCAUACGCAUCUCUUGCUUUUGAAGGCAGUCCAUGCCUUGCACUGCUGCGGGGGCUCAUUAGCUAUAAAAAGUCCUCCCUUUGC